GCAACUCAACUCCUCUCCCUCCUUAUACUUGCAAUACCUUAUACUCGCCUUUGGGUCCAUCUCAUGACGGAGCUACCAAUUGAUGUCUAGCAUGCUGUAGAUUGAAUUCAAAAACUCAACCCUGAGCCGGCAGAGCUACCAACAAUCGACCUUGGGUUACGUUUCUCCUGUGUCGGGCAACGUCUUGUGGUCCUUGUCAUCAUGGCUUCGACUUCACUUCUUCGCAGGGCGCUAUUCUACGUCCCUGCAUCAUCCCCAAAACACAUUGCAAAGUCCUUUACUCUAAAAUCAGACAAUGUGACCUACGACCUUGAGGACUCGGUGUCUGUUGCCAGCAAAGAUGCCGCCCUUGAGAGCCUGCUCCGUCACCUCAAAUCACUAGAAGGGCGGCCGCAGUUCAUUCGUGAGGUCGCAGCGCGCGUUAAUCCAGUUCAAACUGCCCAGGGCAGCAGAGAGCUCACCGCGCUAGCUGCGCUCCCACAGGUGGACGCAAUCCUCCUCCCCAAGGUCGACUCUAGCCGCGAUGUUCUGGAAGCCGCGCAGCUAGUUGAUACGGCAGAUGUGGAGCGGAGAGACGCGUUUGCAACGCUGCGGCAAAAGCAGACUGGUCAUGGCAGCGACAGCAAUGCCAGUGGAAACUACCGGCGCAUCUCGCUAAUCGCCCUCGUCGAGUCGGCCCGGGCCGUCGAGGACCUGCGCGAGAUCUGCACCGCUCUCCAUGGUAGAAAGUCAGACUCGGGCGAACCGCUGGCCCAACUGUCCGGGAUUGUAUUUGGCGCGGAGGACUUUGCGCGGGACUUGAGCAUCACGCGUACGCCAUCACUGGCCGAGUUCCAGUACGCUCGCAGCAAGAUGGUGACGGCCGCUCGGGCUUACGACGUCCCUAGCAUCAUUGACCUUGUCUGUACCGCCUACAAGGAGCCUGCCCGGCUAGAGGAGGAGUGCCGGAAUGGCAGGGGCAUGGGCUUCAGCGGGAAGCAGGUCAUACACCCGGGGCAGCUCGAGACGGUUAACGUCUUGUUCGGCGUGUCGGAUGCGGAGGCCGAAUGGGCUGUCCGGAUAGUUGUUGCCAAUGCCAAGGCCGAAGCACAAGGACGCGGGGCCUGGGCGAUGGACAAUCAGAUGAUUGACGCGCCGGUCAUUGGGCGGGCGCAGGGGCUUGUUGAAAGGGCGAGGCUUUGCGGGAUAGAUGUCGACGCCCUGAUGGAAAUGUGGAAAGAUCAGCAGCCUGAAUAGCUAAACUUUUAGCUUCAGCCACGCACUCGAAGAAAGAUUAAUGACUUCCUACGGAUUUCAACGAUAUUUCCGGUCGCCCAGGGAAAUAACAUCUAAGUUACAGAUACAAACACCUACCGCAGAAGUGUUCCAGUGACUUGAGCCGAAGUUUUGAUUUUCUUGUCUCACAUACGUGCUUGCAGCGUCCAUUGGGUGACAAGAACUCUGCUUGGCCGGAACAAAGUGUUUACUGAUCCUGAAGAUAGGCCCCGCGUUUAAGAUCAAAAAAAAAAAAAAAGAAAAGGCUGCCGCAACAAGUGGAAUGAUGCAGAAUGAGUCCAUACACGGAGACUCAAUUUGAUAAGCCCUGAGGUGGCGGCCUUCUGGAAUCGGAUUGGGCAUGCACAUAGGCACCAGUCGAAUAUACAAGACUCGAACGCAAACAAUAACACCCUAGCCAAAGAAGAACAGAUUUAUACAUGAAGAAAAGGCCAAGAACGAUCCACAACGCCG